CAAGAAUUUCCCUGUUAGAAGAGUCUCUCUCUCUCUCUCUCUCUCUCUCUCUCUCUCUUCCCCCUUUUCGUCCUCCUCCUCCUCGCACGAGCUGUCCCCUUUCCUUCCUUUCUCUACUGUUCUCUUCUCUUCACUGUCGGAAGAAUCUCGCUUCUCGUCUAGGGUUUCUCUUCUUAUCAGAAUCCAAAGCCAACACCUUCUGGGAGCGCGCCCAGCUGGAUUAAGCAUUUUGACAUUAUAAUUGCUCACUUGGAUUGUGUAUGGCCGGUGCAGGAAUGCACCCCUUUCACCAGCAAUGGGCUCCGGCGCCGACAGCAGCUCCGCCUCCCCCUGCGCCUCAGGCGCCGGGUGUCGCUCCUCCUCCUCCACCGCAUCCGCACCCUCACCCUCUCCCCCACGCCUCUCCCGUCCCCUCUCACGAUGAGGUGCGCACAAUCUUCAUCACUGGUCUUCCUGAAGAUGUAAAAGAGAGAGAACUGCAGAAUUUACUGAGAUGGUUACCAGGCUAUGAGGCAUCUCAAGUGAACUACAAGGGCGAAAAACCUAUGGGUUUUGCUCUUUUUUCGACUGCUCAGCUUGCAAUUGCUGCCAAGGAUACUUUGCAGGAAAUGGUGUUUGAUGCAGAGACAAAGUCUGUUUUGCACACAGAGAUGGCAAAGAAAAACCUUUUUGUUAAACGAGGAAUAGUAGCGGAUUCAAGUGCAUAUGAUCAAAGUAAGCGUAUGCGGACAGGUGGUGAUUAUACUCAUACAGGUUAUGCGAGUCCAUCACCUUUUCAUCCUCCCCCACCUCCUGUUUGGGGGCCACACGGGUAUAUGGCUCCGCCUCCCCCACCUCCAUAUGAUCCUUACGGAGGAUAUCAUGUACCUCCUAUGCCAAUGCCUGCACCUUCUCCUGUACCUGUACCUGCACCUGGUAGUUACCUGCCUGUACAGAACACAAAAGAUAACCCUCCUUGUAAUACAUUGUUCAUUGGCAAUUUGGGAGAGAAUAUUAAUGAGGAAGAAUUGAGGGGCCUUUUCAGCGCACAACCUGGUUUCAAGCAGAUGAAGAUUUUGAGACAGGAAAGACAUACUGUUUGCUUUAUUGAGUUUGAAGACGUCAAUAGCGCUACCAAUGUGCACCAUAGUUUACAGGGAGCCGUCAUCCCCAGUUCUGGUUCUGUUGGGAUGCGAAUACAAUAUUCAAAAAACCCAUUUGGGAAAAGAAAGGAUUCCAGCCACCCUUUUGCAGCUCCUGGUGCCAAUGGGGCCCCAUCAACAAUGACCUACCAGUAGAUUGAAGAGAAGGGGUUGUACUCUGUUAUUUAAUGCUUGGGUAAAUUCAUUGUAGGGUGCAUGUUGGUGCCUUUGCAUGCAUCCAUCUCAUCAUCAGCUCAUGAGCAUUAGCAUCUUCUGCACGUGGUUGAAUGAGCCUAGUAUGGGACACGAAACAUGUCAUCCCCAUGGAGAAUGUGCAUUUGUGAGGAGGCUUUGAUGAAUUUCACAAACAUUGUAUUUAGUUGUCAUUUUGAAUCAUGGGUCUGCACUUUCUGUUUGAUUUGGUACCUCAUCUUUUUUCGCUGAUCAUGUUGUCCAUAAUUAAUGUUUCAUCUUUAUUUGGCAUCUUUUCUACAUCAGCUUUUAUUUUGCCCAGCCUAUCAUGAAAAAUAGGUUGGGUUUGAGCGUUGUCUCAUGGUGGUUAGCUUGCUCACUGUCACAACUCCCAUCAGUGCUUCACCUACUUGUUGGUCCCAUAGUUCAUUGACACAAGGAAAUGCACUGAGCAGACGUCUCCCAUGGUUUGUUAUUUUUGCUUUAUGGGGUUCUGGUGACUGAGCACGCCAUUUCCAUGUGCUGAGGUUGUGGACUUUGAAGAUUUCGAUUGAUGCCAUGUCUUGCUGAUGUUGAAGGGAUUAAUUGAUCGCAGUCGUUGUCCGCAUAACAGAUGUGUUACAUGAGGGGACAUACUUUUGUCCCGUAGAUUAUUCUUAUGCCAGAUUCUAGUAGUUGAACAUGUCAUGCUGAGGUAGUAUAUGCUGAAGAUUUUAUUGCAUGGCACUGAUGGCUUACCAUCUUUGUUGGCAUUAUGAGGCCUAGACCACCUUUUUCGGCUUUGUGGAUUUUUCAUGGGAUCAGAUCAAUUAGGUCAAGCAAAGAAGUUACUGCAACCAUGCUGCUUUACCAUAUAGGGUCUUGGAAGCAUGACAUUUCAAAAGAAUGUUGGGGCAUGAUGUGUUGCUCUUGCUCACUUGAUUGUGUGCAGGAGUUUAAGAAACAGGGAAUGCGUUCAUAUAUGUCAAGUGAUGCAGUUUCCCGUUGCAGUGGCAGCAGGUAGCGUAUUAUUACUUCUGGGCAGGACUGGACUACUAUUUUCCGGAUUCCCCGUGUUUGGCAGGAAUUUUUACAUCAGGUUUCAAGAAUGCCUACAUUUUGUGAUUGGCUAUAGUAUUGAUCAGAAAGACAGUGUACAAGUCCAGUUUUGCAGAGUGGGAUGAUUUGUUGAGGGGCUGGCUCCGAGUGCAACGAUAAGUUCGCGAAUGUCGAGAAGGGAACCUCUCGAUUUCCAUUAGCAUUAGCUCUAUUCAUUUAUAAAGUUAGGAGAAGAUGAACUCUUAUCUCUGCAGGAAUUGUGGAUGAAUUGAGGAGAAUUCUGCCCGUGAACUUUGGACGAAUAAAAUAGCAAGUUUUUUUUUA